AUGGCCACAACUGCACCAGCAGCAAAUACUAGUGAUACGACAGGAAAUGAUAAUCUUCCAAAUGUUGAUCAAGCUCAGGGAAGUUCACCUUCUUCUAAUGUACUCUCACCUGACCGUGUUAUUACACCUGUUGCGUCAAAUGUACAACCUCAACCAACAACAUCCGGAUUUGCUUCAGUUUCAAGUUCGGUUACUCCUACAUUCACCGCAUUGAAAGGAGCUGCUUUGCAACAAGUUGUUGGUCAUCCAUUUGCUUAUGUACGAGUAUUAAUGCAAAUGGGUUAUGAACCAUUACCAGCAGUUCGUGGAAGAACUUUAUUUGGCAAAGAAGCUCUUUAUUAUCCUCAUGCAUUUCGUUAUCUUAAAUAUGUUUAUAAAAUUGAUGGUUUUGUUGGUUUAUACCGUGGUUUUGGUUGUUCUCUUUUAUCGAAAGCUGUUUGCUGGUAUACAACAACAAAAGUUGAUGAAAUCCUUGGUCCUGUUAAAUCUCAAGCAUCAAAUGAUCAAACAAAUGCGUCAUGGAAUAAAUGUAUAGAUAGAGUUUUACGAGAAAUACAAACACAAUCUUGGGGUAUUCUUAUCUCGCAUCCUUUUCAAGUGAUGGCUAUCCGAUGUAUGGGUCAAUUUGUUGGUCGAGAAAAAGCGUAUUCAUCAAUAAAUAUCUUUCAAAAUGUGCAAGAAAUUUAUGAUCGUCAAGGAAUCGGAGGAUUCUUUGUUGGACUUAUGCCUCGAUGGUUACUUGAAAUUUCAGCUGUUAUUAUAACAAAUGUACUUGUUCAUUUGCUCAAAACACAAAUACCGUCACCAACUGAAAUGGGAUCUUUAUUCGAUUAUGUUGCUUCUUUCAUAGCUCAAACCGUGACAUAUCCAUUGAGUGUGGUAUCAACUGUAACAGCUAUUAAUGGAAGUGGACUUCGUGCUGGAAUGUUACCUAUAACACCCAUUUAUGAUAAUUGGCAUCAGGCAUACAAUUAUUUACAAAAGACGGAACAAUUAAAACGAGGUUCCAGCUUUUUUAACCGUGCUGCCCUUGGUUCAAGUGGCCUUCCAGCAGUUGGCUCACAUAUACCACAUGCUUAA